AUGUCCGACUCUGACACCUCGACCGCCUCGGUCGAGUACUAUGCCGACCUCACGCUUGCAGGAACAUUUCCACGCAUAGCAUAUGAGCACCUCAUGUUCUACUCGGCGCCUCGACCCUAUCGAGGCCAAACCCCGACCCCACGACCCCGGGCUAACGUCGGGAAGCAGCGACGGGAGCCCACCGUUGCGCACUCGGGUUGGGCGGAAUCGUCGGCCGACGCGCACGCCCGUGUCGAAUCGCCACCGCCAUCGCCCGACCUGGUCGAGCCUAAGCCUGACAUGUGCCCUGCGCACCCUGACAAGUUUUGA